AUGAAUAGCAAGCCCUAUCAGUGUCACCGAUGCCCGAGGGCAUUUGCUCGUCUAGAACAUCUUCAAAGACACGAGCGCUCACAUACCAAAGAGAAACCGUUCGUUUGCGAGCAAUGUCCCAAGGCUUUUACACGCAAGGAUCUGCUGGCACGUCAUGAGCGUCUCUCUCACAACCCUGAUGCCAGUCCGGCCAGCAAUCAGACACACACGCCCUCCCCCGCGAAUCCUCCUACCCUGGACGGGUUAGAUUCCUUGGCAUCUGUAGUCAUAAACCACGCCCAAUCUAGUCGCAGCGCGUUACAACGGACCGAUGACCAUUUCCCAGCGUUGUCGCCGGCCAUACACCGCCCGAUGCUGGGUGGUCAGUUGGGUAGCACAGACGCUCCCUCUGCAGGUCCCACCACCCCAUCUCCGGGCCCGGAUUUUGGAUAUGCCCUAGGUGGCUUUGGACCGGGAUCAUAUCAUGGUCAUGACUUCACCUCAUUUUUGGACAGUGUCCCCUUGCCAAAUCAUCCCUUCUCGCCGGCUUAUCAGCCACUCCCGCUAUUCCCACCCUUGCACUUUUCCCCGGUCCCGGACUAUGAUCGAUCUUCCGAUAGAGGAGCUCUGACCGAAACCACUCCUUCGACUCCAUCGAGUUCUGUACUUCCCCGACAUGACGCUCAGUUGCCCUCACUCCAGCCGGAGGGGUAUCACAUCUCCCCGGCGGUCGCGCGCCAGCCCACGGGAUUCGUACCGGUCACGGCUCAAUGCCGGGAGAAGUUCUUGGAUAUGUUAUCCGACUACGCGAAUGUGGUACCAGAUCCAUCGCUGCCAUCUCGACAUGCGCUAUCGCGAUGUUUGACUGGGUAUGUAACCGGAUUCCAUGAGCACUACCCAAUCGUGCAUAUCCCGACCCUCGAUGUAGACUCGAUGACAUUACCGCUCUUUCUAUCGAUGGCGGCAUUGGGUGCACGGUAUUGCCGCGAGCCAGACACUAGCAUGCGUCUCUAUCAGAUUGCCAAACCAGUGACUUUGGAACAUGUUCGCCGGGUCUUCCAGUCGGGCAAGUUGCCCCCGCCCCCGAUCAACGCGGCCGACGACAUUGAUACCCUAGAAACUCUGCAAGCUUUAUUGUAUCUGACCUCGGUGUCCCUGUGGUUUAUUAACAACCCCCCAUUCUACGAAGCGCUGUCGCUUCGCAGUCUAAUGGAAAUGCUCAUCCGAAAAGGGGGACUCAAUCGGCUACCCGAGCAAGACGGGACAUGGAGUAGCUGGAUACGACAGGAAUGCGUAAAGCGCACCAAACUAAUUGUUCUCUGUUUCUUCAACAUCCAAACUAUCGUAUUCGACGUCCCACCAAUGAUUCUCACUGAAGAUUUCACACUCGAAUUACCCAGCACCGAAAAAGAAUGGCAAGCCGCGCGUGCAGACCUCUGGCAGACAGAGCGCCUGAAGAGCCCUGGCGAACCAAAGUUCCAAGAUGCCCUUUCUGCCUUGUUUGGGCCAAAUAGCAAUGUACCACCGUUCUCCUCUCUCGGCGGCUACGUUCUAAUCCACGCGAUUCUACAAGACAUCUGGCUAAUGACGAAAGCGGGCCGACUACCCGUCUCACGACGGAACCGCUUCACCCCCUCAUCAGUGACAUCCACACCCGAGCUCGUGCACGUCGAACAAGCACUAGAACGCUGGUGCCAGUGCUGGGAACGCAACCAAGAAUCCUCCGUUGACCCACUCAGCCCGAACGGGCCGCUAUCCUUCACAUCAGCAGCGCUGCUUCGACUAGCCUACAUCCGACUCAACGCAGACUGCGGCUCAGCCCGCCAACUGCAAACCUGGGAUCCCGUCCAAAUCGCAACCAGUCUCCGUGACAACCUCUCCGUUCGACGUGGCGACCGGCUCACGCGCGCCGCGCUCCACUGCGCACAUGCCCUCAGCACACCGGUCAAGCUCGGUAUUGGAUUUGUCGCCCACUCGCAGGUGGCGCUGUGGUCUAACCAGCAUGCUUUGUGUUCCCUGGAGUGCGCGGUGCUGUUGGCUAAGUGGCUUGAGGCGAUUGCGGUGUCGGAUCCGGAGCCGCCGCUGACGGAGCAGGAGACUCGCUUGCGGGACUUCGUGCUCGAGAUGGUUAUGGAGGUGCAGCAUGGUGUCUCGAGGGAGUGGCUGCUGGCUACUAAUACACGGCUCAGUGCUGCGGUUACUAGGUUGUGGGCGCGCCUGUUUACGGCGGAUUAUAUAUGGGAGAUGGUUGCUUUGAUCGGGAGGUCUUUGAAUAGCUAUGCGGACUUGCUAGAGCAGUAG